CCUAAUUCAGUUGAGUUGCUGUAAAGGCUGCGAGUGCUUGGAUCCCCUCCUCAACAGGCGAUGCUUGAUUAGCCAGAGGGCAGGCAAAAAUCUUUCCUACGGGGCAACGGUUUUUAGAGCCCCCGCAGGAAAAACGCAGAAAGUAGCAAUUGCUGAGGAAGAGCAAAGGGCAAGAGUGAUUGUGUGGCGCUGUCGGCUUCCACCUUCCUCCAAACUUGAAAGGAAACUCUGCGAUGGAGCGAGAAAACAGACGGCGGCAGAGCAGCGGUGUCACCUACGCAGCGCGGUUCAGGUAGGAGCAGCGAGACACCUGCGGGGCGGAGUCUGCCCAGGCCGGACCGGCCGCUUCCCCUGCGUGUCGUCUCACAGGCUUCGGAGCAACAGCCGCGAGUCUCGCUUCGUUCGUUCAUGCCUCCAGCAUGGCUCUGGAAAGCGAUCACAGGAAGACGAGCACUUCCCUGGAGACUGCCUUAGCCGAGUGCACGGAGGCACUGAAUUGUUUCCUGCAUAACCAGUUCAGUAAGAGCUUGGAAAUGCUGCAGCCCAGAACUGGAGAGAGCAUGUACCAUGCCUUAAUUUAUGCCACCAUCCUGGAGAUGCAAGCCAUGAUGACCUUUGAACAUGAAGAUAUUGUCCAUGCAGGGCACACCAUGAAAGAAGCCCAGGAGAUCUGUCAGAGAUUUCGGAGGAAAACCACUGUGACUGGUACCUUCUCCAGUCGGCAAGGUGGAGAUGCUUGUACGGAAGAGGAACUGCAUGCUGAAGUAUGUUAUGCAGAAUGCUUAUUGCACCGGGCAGCCCUCACCUUCCUCCAGGAUGAAAACAUGGUUAAUUUUAUAAAAGGAGGAAUUAAGGUGCGUAGCAGCUACCUCAUCUACAGAGAGCUGAAUGCUUUCAUCCAACCUAGUUGCUUGCCUGCAAACUCUGUUCGUAUCCAUCUGGAGGGGGGGGUUGCUCUUGGCAUUGGAGCCUUCAAUUUGACUCUCUCCCUCUUUCCACCCCGGAUUUUGAGACUUCUGGAAUUUGCUGGGUUUUCAGGGGACAAGGAUUAUGGUUUGCAAAAACUACAUCAGGGAGCCACGACACCCAACCUGCGGGCUCUACUUUGUACAAUGUUGCUUCUCUGUUACUAUACUUUCCUUACCUUCAUCUUAGGGAUUGGUGAAGAUGAUUUCACAGAGGCUGAGGCCCUACUGAAGCCAUACCUCUCCCGCUAUCCACAGAGUGCCAUUUUCUUGUUCUUUGCUGGGAGGAUAGAGGAAAUCAAAGGGAACAUCAAUGAGGCCAUCAAGAAGUUUGAAGAAGGCUGCUCAGCACAGCAAGCCUGGAAGCAGUUUCACCACAUGUGCUACUGGGAACUGAUGUGGUGCUUUGCCUACAAAGGAAUGUGGAAGAUGGCCUACUUCUACGCAGAUCUGCUGAGCAAGGAGAACCGCUGGUCUAAGGCAAUGUAUGUAUAUAUGAAAGCUGCCUUCCUUAGCAUGCUGCCUGCUAAAGAGCCACGGCCCUUUGGUGAAGUAGAGGUUGAACUUUUUAGGCAGGUUUCCUCCUUCAAACAGAAAAUUGCUGGGAAAUCUCCACCCACAGAGAAAUUUGCCAUUCGCAAAGCAAGGCGCUACAAAUCGAGUGACUUGGUUCCCUUACCUGUGCCAGCUCUGGAAAUGAUGUACAUGUGGAAUGGAUUUACAGUGCUGGGCAAGCAGCAAGAGUUGUUGGAAGGAACUUUAGACACUCUGAUACAGGCUGAGAAGCAGCUAAAAGAAGCACCAGCCAGUGAGUACCAGGUAGAUGACCAGUGUCUUGUGUUACUUCUCAAAGGCUUAGUCUUCAAGCAUUUGCACAGUUUGACUGAGGCUGAGGCAUGCUUCAGUGCGGUCCAUAGAAGUGAGAAGAAGAUCAGGUAUGAUCAUUACUUGGUACCUAAUGCACUAUUGGAAUUGAGUCUGCUGUAUGUGGCACAAGGCCAAAAUGAAGAGGCUGUACAGUUGCUCCGCAGAGCCAAGAACAACUACAAAAAUUAUUCAAUGGAGUCACGAACACUGUUCCGGAUUCAUGCUGUAUUGUCCAAACUUAAGGCCAGCCAGGAAGAAAGUGAUGCAGAUGGAACCAGUCCUUCCUAAGGCAACAGGUUUCCUCACAAACUGUUAAGGGUGCUUAGACCAAAGAAGGAACUGCCAAAAUACGAGGGCUUAGGAUGCUGCCUUCCUCCUGGGAUGGGCCUAUUUGAAAGUGUAUUGUAAUUGUACCACUGGGCUUCUGGUCUAGUGUGUGAUGUCUUUAUGAUGAAUGGAUGGGUCUUACCUAACUGGAUUUCAGCUUACAAAACCAGGGAAUAGCUAUGAAAAUGCUGCUUGCUAAUUAAUGAAGCUGACAGGAGCAGCCUAUCUUCAAUAUUCCAUGAUAUAUUCUGCCAGUCAACCCAAAAUGAGGGCUACAUUUGUCCUAUUUUCUGUCCUGCUCAAUUUCAUAAAACGUUGAAAUAACAUGGACGUUCCAGCCUCCUAAUUUUUUUUUUUAAUUUCAUGCUCCCCCACUUUCUUUCUCAGUCUGAGCUCCUUAACCAGCAAGGCACAUCAGAUGGUCCUUCUUGUCACAUUGGGAGUGAGCUUAAUAGUGCAAUUAAUUCAGCAAAGGCUUCCAGUUUUGGUUGGAAACAUAAUAGAACCUCAACUCUCUGCUGUGGCCUUCUCUUUUUUGAAAAGAACAGAGAAUUUUUGUAAUAAGACUUAAUCAGCUCAAUCUCUAUUUAAGAACAUUUCUAAAUGUUGGAAAGUGAUUUAAAAUGCUUGCAGAAUUUGGGGUGGGGCAAACAAUCUGGCCAAAAAUCCCUUAAAUCAAGAAGCAGCUUAUAUUGCAGAAUGAUGAAUAGUAACUGGACUUAGACAUUUUCAAAAGCCUAUGACUACUUCCAGAAUUCUGUUCACGUCAAUACUUGUCCCAGUAUUUUCUUUGCUUAUCAAUUUGGCAAAAAAAGCUGAUGGAUCUUAUCAGUUUUCAAUCUGAUUAUAGUAUUAACUACUAAGGUUUGUUCCAUCAAUUCACUGGGCUAUUGAAAUAUGGUUUUCUUUUCUUUUUUAAAAGCUCUUUCAAUACCUUUGUUGGUUGUCUCAUACACCCUUGCCAUACUGUUACUCAGGACUUGCUUAUUAGACAUACAGCGCUAAGCCAAUGUGGUUUUUGUUGUACUUGUUUGCAUUCCUUAUUUUAAAAUCAUAUUUGGUGUAAUUAGCAUUAACAAUGAUGAAAAGGCAAAAAGGGGACAUUUUGGCAUCUCUUCUUUUAUUGUGUGGUCAUGACAUUUGAACAUGCUGUCUUUCAUUGUUUUUCCUUGCUCUUCUGGUUUCCCUUACCUUUGUUGUUAGUAUUCCUCCUCCUAAGAACAAUUUUCAUGGAGUGAGUAAAGUCUAUUAUGUUAAAUGGCACUUAAAUGGUCAGUUUCUACUAUAGUAGGACUUAUAUCUACUAAUAGAAACAGUGAACAGUUCAUUUAUGAGCCAAAAUAGAAUCAAAUGACAUUCUGAAGAUAGGAUGUGGGUUAAUCCCACUGAUCAAUACACUUCAUACCCUUGCAUUCCUGAAACAUUAUAGAAUAAGAUUUGUCCCAAAGGUGGUUUUCUAAACAGCAACUGGCCUUUCUUGUUUUCUGAACUACAGAACUGAAGAAGCUUCAUGGAUAAGAAGCAAAAUGUUUUCCAAAAAUCCAAGAAAAUCCAGUUGUCUUUUAGAAAAGCAUCUUUGGGAAAACCCUGACUUGCAUAAUUAUCUCCAGACAUUAAACAUAAGACUUGUUUGCCCAAUGUGGAUCAUAUUAAUUAUUGUCUAAUCUAAGAGCAAACUUCAACUAGAUAAUGUUAUAUUACAUAAUGUGAGCAUACUAACAUAACCAGGCACAGAAAAGCAUAUUUGAAAGUAUGUAGAUAAUAUAGUUUGGCAUAUUCUUCAAUGACUGAAUAUAAAUGAAAUAAAUUCUACUUCUGUUGUGUUGUAGAUUUAUUGCUAAAACACACCUUUAUUGUUAUCCUGUUUUACGUUGGUUCUUUGUCAUGUUUCAUUAUUAUGUUCCUAAAGGAAUAAUAAACAUCAUAGGAAGUAUGAGUCCAUGGGAUCUUAUAAGCCACCUUGAAAGCCAAGGUGACCCAGUAUUUAGGGUGCUGACAAAUGGCAGUAAGACCCAGGUUCUAGUCCCCUUUAGGCACAGACGCUAGCUGGAUGAUCUUGAGUCAAUCAUUCUCAGUUCUAGACUGGGAAGUAAAAAUAUCCUAGAAGGCAGCAAUGAUCAACCAAUUCUGAAAUGUUGCCAAGAAAACUACAUGGACCUCUCCAUGAAGUUGCCAGGAGUCAAGAUUCAUUCAAAGAUCAUCCAGUCCAGGGACUGGAUUUAGUCCUGGAAUCCACUAAACUGCUCUGAUAAGUGAUAAUC